AUGCUGCCUGCGACCGAUUCUGCCUUGGGGUGCUGCCACGCCCUUGCAGGCAAGUUCACCCCCAUCAGCAGCAACGGCGCUGGGGCGCUGCGCAUUAGCGUCGACGCCGGGCCGCGAGCGGGCGCAGAGGGCGGCGGCGGCAGCGGCGUUGCGCGGAGCCUUGCCGCGUUGCUGCCGGGGCGGCAGCCUCACCUGCGGCAGGCAGCCGCCCCGUUGCCCGCGGCCCCGCAGCAGCAGCGGCGGCAGCAGCAGCAGCAGCAGCAGCAGGCGCAGGCGGCCCAGCCGCCGCCGCCGCCGCCGUCCGGCCCGCCGCGCGCCAGCGAGCAGCGGCUUGCGCUGCAGCUCGGCUGGCCGCCAGCGGACACGGCGCCCUUUGCGUCGCUGCUGGCCGCACUGCAGGAGGUACAGGACGACCUUCACGAGUUCAUGCGGCUCAAGCAGCGCGGCCGCGCGGAGUACGCGCUCGCGCUGCUGCCGGGCGGUGCGGCGCCGCUGGCGCGCCACCGCGACGCGCUGCCUGAUGAUGGGUGCGGGUACCUCACGUCAGCGCCACAGCUGCAGCUGCUGCAGCCUCAACAGCAGCAGCAGCAGCAGCAGCAGCAGCAGCAGCAGCAGCAGCAGCAGCAGCAGCAGCAGCAGCAAGCAGUCGCCGCCAACGGCGCCAGCUGCGGGGCACUAGCCACGGCGCCCUCGGGUGCAGGGCCACCCUCGCCCGGCGGCGCGGCGACGGCGACAGCGGCAGCGGUGGCAAGCGCGGCGGCGGCGGCGGCCGCAGCGGUGGUCGGCGCAGACCCGGCUCUGCUGCGGCGCGUGAGCAUUUUGGUGUUCCUUAACCCAAAUUGGGAGCGCGAGGGCGGCGGCUGCCUGCGCCUGUGGCCGCCGCAGCGCCAGACGAUGCUGCAGCAGGGCGCCGGCGGCGGCGCCGCGCCGGCCCCCGGCCGCCGCAGCCCGACGAGCAGCGACGCGGGCACGACGUUUAGCGAGGGCGCGAGCGAGUGCAGCAGCUCGCUGCGGCUGCACCACUUCCUCGGCAGCACAACAAGCAGCGUCGUGGCCGAGGCAGCGAGCGCGGCGCCCGACCAUGCUGACGCUGCGAGCCUGGACGGCCGCCUGUCGCUGGCGGACAGCGACGCGGAGGCCGGCGCGCGCUGCUGCGGCUUCGAGUGGGUGGACACAGAGGACGGCAUGGCGCUCGACGUGGCGCCGCUCGCGGGGCGCGCGGUGCUGAUGCUGGCGGGCGCGGUCGACCAUGCGUUGGUGGCGCCGGCGCCGGGCGGCGGGGACAUGGCGUACGUGCGCGCGUGGUGCUCGUGA